AUGAUAGACAUCAAGAGUAUGCAAAUUCUAACAAACCUAAUUGAUCAGAUCACUCACGACAUCUCCGAUAUUUGUGACAUAGACAUGUUACUGGGCGUCGGCAAAAAGACUGACUGCGUCAUGAGACUAUCAACGACAGCAUUUGAAAGAGGCUCAGCAGAAACAAUUCGUGAUGUGAAAGGGAUGGCUGUCAAAUUCUUCACAGAACAAGGAAACUGGGAUUGGGUUUGCCUGAACAUCCCUAUGUUUUUCUUACGAGACCCCGCCAAAUUCCCAGCUAUGAUGCGUGCUCAGCGUCGCGAUCCAGAGACAAAUCUGGUUAACCCAAACAACUGGUGGGAAUGGCUAUGUGAAAAUCACGAGGCUCUUCACAUGAUGAUGUUCCAGUAUAGCGAUUUUGGAACUAUGUUCAACUGGAGAAGCAUGAGCGGUUAUGUUGGACAUGCUUACAAAUGGGUGAAGUCGGACGGAUCAUGGAAAUAUGUGCAUUUUUUCUUCGCUUCGGAUCAGGGGCCCAAUUUUGAGCAGGGUAAUAAAGAGAAAGAUCUUGCGGAGGAAGAUCCAGAUUAUGCGACUAGAGAUCUGCAUGGUGCUAUUGAGCGAGGGGAAUUUCCAAGCUGGACUGCCAAGGUUCAGGUUGUCGAUCCAGAAGACGCUCAUAAACUCUCUUUCAAUAUCCUCGAUAUCACGAAACAUUGGAAUCUGGGAAACUAUCCCCGAGAUGUGCCAGUCAUACCAGGAAGACCCUUUGGCAAGCUUACGUUGAAGCGGAAUCCAAAAGAUUUCUUCACAGAGAUUGAACAACUCGCAUUUGCACCUUCUCACCUCGUUCCUGGCGUAGAGCCAUCAGAAGAUCCAAUCCUGCAAGCCCGUUUAUUCGCUUAUCCAGAUGCGCAAAGGUAUCGACUCGGGGAGAACAAUGAACAGUUACCCGCAAACCGGUGCAAAGGAAACAUUGAACAACCUGCGACACGCCCCGUGUCUGUCGGGACACCGAAUGCUGAAUGGUUAGCAAAAGUAUCUUCCAAAGAAUGGACGCAGCCAAAUGAGCUUGACUACAAGUACCCUCGAGAGUUCUGGAAGAUUUUGCCUGUACUACGAAAUGAUGCAUUUCAGGAAGCGCUGGUCGUCAAUAUGUCAAAGUCAGUGGCUGAGACUCGUCCGGAUGUAAGGGCGAAAGUGUACAGUACACUCGCUUCAAUUGCUGCUGAUCUUUCAGAGCGGGUCAAGGCUAUGACUGAGAAGCUGGUGGCGGAAAGGGUUUGA